GCGAGUUCGCGCGCCCGAAACCUUGUGCGGCUGCAACAGUCUCUCUGUGUCUCCUUCAAUCUCUCCAUCAUGCCCCGUUCCCUGGCGCUCACAGCUGUUUCUAUUCCCCUUCUGCAUAACCCGGGCUGCAAUGAGUUCUCGUACUCGAGCAACUCAUGGGUUUCAUUGGCAAAGCUCAGCCACAUUUCGCUGAAUCGUAAGAACCAAUUUCAGCGAUUCUCCUCACUCAAUGGCAACGACAAUGUCAAUGGCUAUGGGUUGUCAGAUGCUGAAAGCUUCUCCACUAAAUCUCAAGGGGCAAUUGGAAAUAGUGAUAGUGGUCAAGGAGUACCUGUCACAUCCAACGAGAUUUUAAAGAAGUUAAGGAGAUACGGGAUAUCUGGAUUAUUGUCAUAUGGACUAUUGAAUACUGCUUACUAUCUUACGACAUUUCUGUUGGUAUGGUUCUAUGUUGCUCCAGCACCUGGGAGGAUGGGUUACGUCCCAGCUGUUCAGAGAUUUCUCAAAGUAAUGGCCAUGGUGUGGGCCGGAAGCCAGGUCACCAAGCUUGUACGAGCUGGAGGGGCCCUUGCUCUUGCUCCUUUUGUAGAUAGGGGACUGUCAUGGUUCACUGUCAAGUUCCAUUUUGAGUCUCAGGGCAAGGCUUUCGCCGCGAUUGUUGGAAUUUGCUUCGGACUAGCCCUCGUUUUAUUUUUUGUUGUGACGUUGCUUUGGGCCUAAAGCCAUUUCUGGUUUCUGUUCUCACUCCAUGGCAGGAAGUCAUCAUCUAUGAAUAUGAUAUUGGCUUCUUUAGAUUUCCUUUCGUGUUUCUCCAUCUAUGUUCUGUUUUGUUUUUUUUUUCUUUUUCUGUUUCUUGUUUCUCCUGGAAAAUGUAGAUUUUUUUGCUGUAUAUGCACUUACCAUGAGUGUCAAAUUUUUGUCAAUCUACUAUUAA